AUGGCCAGCGAUCAGCCGGUGGUGGUGAACGAGGAUGGCAACAAACGCCCAGCCACGAGUGCUGCAGUGGAGGCUGGCCAUGACGCGCACGUGGGAUACGAGAAUGAGCGAAUCGAGCAGGUGUAUCGGAAGCUCGACCGCCGCAUUAUCCCCGCAUUUUGGAUCCUUUACUUUCUGUGCUCAGCCAUCCGCUCCAAUAUCGGCCUGGCGCAGACGAUGAACGCGGACGUCGGCCAUGAUCUGACGACGGUGCUAAGUCUGUCGCCCAAAGACGUCUCCACGGCUCUGGCACUCUUCUACGUCGCCUAUGUUGUAUUUGACUGUCCUUCCAACUUGGUCAUGAGUAAAUUGGGCCCGAGAGUAUGGAUGGCUCGGAUUGUGUUCGCCGUUGGUCUCAUUGGCACUUGCUUCGCCGCCGUAAAAGCCGCAUGGAGUCUCAACCUGUUGCGUUUCCUUCUGGGAACGGUCAUCGCCGGAAUGUGGCCUGGAAUGUCAUACUACUUGACGUUGUUCUACCCGCCGUCCCGCACUGGUAAGAGAAUAGGCCAGUACUACACCGCCGCUCAAGUGUCGGCUGCCGCGGUCGGUCUGGUCUCGGCCGGCUUUCAGCUCAUGGAUGGCCGCGGAGGCCUGGUAGGGUUUCAGUGGAUGUUUCUCAUCUACGGCCUUCUUGCCAUCGUCCUUGGUUUUACUCUUCUUUGGUGGCUUCCAGACCGCCCGCUGCCUCCGGGCCAAAAGCGCGAGAACAAGGGCUUGUCUAAAUGGCUGCCUUCUACCCCUGAGGCCUUGACUGGGGAGGACGCAGCCGUCCACUACGAGGAGCUCAAGCGGGUAUACUACCCCAGGCCUUGGACCCUUAGAGAUCUCGGUUACGUUCUCAUUGAUUGGCGACUUUGGCCGUUGACCAUGAUGUACUUUGGGGUUGUUGGCGUCGGCAUUGGUACGCAGCUAUACGGCACAGUCAUCAUCUCCGGCAUCAACCCGAAUUUUACGGGAGUGCAGUUGAGCUUGCUAUUUGCUCCCAUUUGGAUAAUGGAUCUGAUUGCAAUUCUGCUCGUCACUCCCAUCUCUGAUCGUUUCCAUCGUCUCCGACCCUUCUUCUUCUCGUGUGCGGUAUGCAUACAGAUUGCCGGCCUUCUCACAACCACCUUUGCCCCUAGUUCAGUGCCUUGGGCGAGAUACGGCGGUCUCCUCAUGAUUGGUUUCGGACUUGGCCCAACUGUGCCCAUCUGCAUGACUUGGACCAAUGAGAUUUUCCAGAAACGACACGGUGAAGUUGGUGUAGCAGCUGCAGCAGCUUUGGUGUCGGGGCUGGGCAAUCUCGGCAGCAUCAUGACAACAUAUGCCUUAUACACUGGUUGGCCUGAGGACGCUGUAAAGGGGCCGCGCCAAUACCGCAAGAGUAACCUCGUCAUGAUAGGCAUCCUCUGCAUCAGCAUUCUGAGCAGUGUCGUCAUGUUUGUCGCCCUGAAGAUCGCGGGAAACCAGCCAAGCCACAAGAUCCGCAGCAACAGUAGUUCGAGCACCGAUGCAUCAGACGAGUUCGAGGACGGCGCCGCCCGACGAGAACUUGAGCAACGUGGCUUUGGCCGUAUGUGGUGGAGCAAGAGGGCCUAG